AUGUAUAUCAGUAACUUGCCCUCGAUGAUUUCUCCUCUCCUAGGUGAAGUUAUAGAGCUUGGUAUUGCGUUGAACUUCAGUAGAAGAUUCAUGGAUGUGAUUGAGUUUUAUUCUCGUGUUAUUGUUGGUGGACCUCUUCCUCUUGGUUGUGUAUUGUCUAUGUCAUUCUUAUUAGUUUGUGCUUCGAGCUUUGGUGCAUUGGCCUCGGGUGCAUUUGCAGCCCCUUUGUUACGUUCUUCCUUGCCGAUUUAUCUUCGCGUGGAAACAAGCUGGGGUUCAAUUUCUUUGAGUUUAGAGAUUGGGUGGCUCUUUGUUCCAUUUAGAGUUGGAGUUGAUUCUUUGGAGGUUUUAUAG